AUGGAGUUAGCAGUGAAAGCACUCCUCUGGGCCCUCUUCGUAUUUUUCAUUCUCGCCACUAUCGGAGGUAUCGCAGUAUGCGUGCUCCGAUACCGUCGGCCACUCACGCGCUGCAAUAACCGCGAUGAAGAAACUGGAGCCAGCGGACAGGCCAUCGAACUAGAAGACAUCCAGGGAGUUGAUCCGGGGCCUGGCGCCCAAGGCAAUCCAGAAGCACGCCCACUGGGGACUCCAAUGAUAGUCUUCCAGGGCCGGUCCAGCGCGCUCUUCGUGGGCAAUGCAGGGCCGGCUUCUCAGGGCACGUUCGGGGCUGCCUUCCAGGGUCGUGAAGGGUCAGCAUUCGUCCAAGGAUUUGGAGCAGGGCCAGGAAGCAUGUCGCAGCACCCCCCUCCUGAUGUAUCGCCAUCGCCUCCGGCAAGUGUGGCUUCAUUGCCGGAAUCGUGGGGGGCUGUGACAGAAGAAGAAGCACCAUUCGAGUCCGUGGUGGGAGAACCAGUGGAAGAUAAUCCCAAUGGCCCGGUGGUAGACCCCGUUCGAGAACCGGCACCAGAGAGAUCUCGGAAUGAGACGGUGAUUGGCAUAAGGUACGAGAACACUGCUCCCGGUCCACCACGUCCACCAAACCCAAAUGCCACGGGAAAAGGGUCCCUGGGCCUCAGCAAAUGGUACCGAGCCAAGACCAAGAAGACAAGCGGGGUGAACACGAAGGGCCGCAAGGGAUGGGAUGGCGGCCGGGAAGGCGAAACGGGGCUGGACUUCGCUAUCAGGAAGUUACUGCCGGGAUCUCUCUAG